AUGAACGGGAUGGUGAUCCCCGGUACGCCCAUUGCCGUGGACUUCUGGAGCCUGCGGCGGGCGAGCGGCGCUCGGCUCUUCUUCCUGUCGCACCUGCACUCGGACCACACCGUGGGGCUGUCCAGCACCUGGAGCCGCCCGCUCUACUGCUCGCCUGUCACCGCUCGCCUUCUGCAUCUCCGCCUCCAGGUGCCAACGUGCUGGAUCCGUCCGCUGGAGGUGGGUCAGAGCCAUGUGCUGGGCGAGAACGAGAAGGUGACGGUGACGCUGCUUGACUCCAACCACUGUCCGGGCUCCGUCAUGUUCCUCUUCGAGGGCACCUUUGGCACUAUCCUCCACACAGGGGACUUCCGCUACAGCAGGGCCAUGCGGGACGAGCCGGUGCUGCGGGGCCGCCACAUCGACCGCCUGUACCUGGACAACACCUACUGCCACCCGCGAUGGGCACUGCCGUCACGCCAGCAUGCCACACGCCAGGCCAUCCACCUCAUCCGCACCCACCCGCGGCACCUGGUUGUCAUCGGUUUGUACAGCCUGGGGAAGGAGACGCUGCUGGUGGACCUGGCUUUGGAGUUCAGCACCUGGGUAGUGGUGAGCCCCUGGCGCCUGGAGCAGAUGCGACUGCUGGAGCUGCCUGAUGUGUUCACCACCGAGGAGGGGACUGGCCGGAUCCGUGCUGUGGAUGUCACCGAUAUCUGCCGGGAUGCGCUUGUCAGAUGGAACAAGCUGCAGCCUACUCUUGCCAUCCUCCCCACCGGCAGGCCUGUGAAGGUCACCCACCCCAACAUCCACCUCAUUCCAUACUCGGAUCACUCAUCCUUUUCAGAGCUGUGCGAGUUUGUGGAGUGGCUGAAGCCUUGCUCAGUCAUUCCAAUUGUGAAAGGUGACCUGUGCCAGGCUUACUUUCAGAAAUACCUAAAUCCUGCCCCUCAGACUCUCCCUGAGCCCAAAAUCCCAAAGCUCGUGCGAGAGUCUGUGCAGCAGCAAAGCAAAAAGAAGGGGCAGGAACCCUGCCUGAUGAAAAGAGCUGUCCAGUGUUCUGUGCCCCGAGGAGUGGUUUUCGAGUCUCCAGAGAAAUGCACUGAAAAAUCUGAAGAGCUCCUGUGUGUUCAGGUGGCUCAGCAGAACUACUGUGAGUCAGCUUGCAGCUUGAAAAAAGAUGGCACUUGUCACAUGGACAAGGGGAAAGGGGAGGAAGAGAUGAGCGGAGAACACAGGAACCUCCUUACUGCGCCCCGAGCUCCCUCUCUCCCCGGGGACCUGACGGUGGCCCUGAACACGGCCUACAAGGCCGCUUGUGUAACAGACACGGCCAAGAUGGAGGCUCCGCCCGAGUGCGGCCGCCUGUGA